CUUCCUAUCAGCUGGGCUGAUUUUCAGCCUUUUAUAGCGCCAGCUUCAGCCACUCUCUCAGGUGCAACUUGUCUUUUAGUUCUCACACAGGUUGGAGUCUUGGUUUUCUGGGAACUGUGUGGCGAAGUAACCGUGGCUAUGUCUCGCUGGGUUUGUCUGUUCAUUUUGCUCCCUUUGUAUGUUCUUGGGCAGGCUGAUGUGCUUCUGUUGACAUCUUCCACAAGCUUAUUUCUCACUGAUAAGCCAAUUUCGGAGGAUACCCCUGCAACUACAAUCCCACCUACCACAAAAGGCUCUGACAGUGCUGUAGGAGUGAUCACCACCACCACCCCUGAGCCUGAUGUGCCCAUCACUACAACUUUCCAGCCUACUCCAGACAGUGAUGCAGAAGGAACAACUCAGCAGUCUAAUGUUACAAUUGUUGCACCAACUACUCCACUUCAGCUCACCAACUCCACAACAGCUCUUCCGACCCCUCUGCCCACCAACUCCACUACGACCCCUCUGCCCACCAACUCCACUACGACCCCUCUGCCCACCAACUCUACAACGGCCUCCACUCCUGCUCCUACGACUAUCCCACUGCCGAAGGUUGGAGAUUAUGUUGUCCGGGCUGAGUGGAACUCCUCUGCGUGUCUGAUGGCAAGGAUGGGUUUGCAGUUUAGCUUCAGAAUGGGAGACAGUUUUCAGACAAUAAAUCUCGACCCAAAUGUGACUACAACCAAUGGAACUUGUGGAAACAAUGAUUCUACGCUUAUGCUGAGAGCAGACACAACUAUUGUCCAGUUCAUCUUCACUAAUCAAACAAGCAAAUUCUUCUUGAGUGCUUUGACCUUGACUGUGUUGGCUGGAAGUGGUGUGUCCUUCAAGGAUGGCAAUGCUAACUUAUCUCUAUGGGAGGCAUCACUGGGGAGCUCAUACAUGUGCAAAAAGGAGCAGAGCUUCAACAUCACAGAGAACCUCAUUUUGAAUACAUUUGAGCUCCAAGUUCAGCCAUUUGGAGUCAUGAAUGACCAAUUCAACACAGCCCAUGAAUGCUCAGUGGAUGACACCAGCCUCUUAAUCCCAAUCAUUGUUGGUGCAGCUCUGGCUGUCUUGAUUCUCAUUGUAGUGAUUGCAUAUGUGAUUGGUCGACGAAAGACCUAUGUUGGAUAUCAGACCCUGUAAUGACCUCCCUGAAUCACAAAUCAUACGGCAUUCAUUCCAGUUAUCUAACAUGAUCCUGGGCCACUGCAACUGUUAACCUUUUCAUUUGGCUAGAGCCUCACUGUCAAUUUUCCAUUGUUUAAGGUAAUGACUAAUUUGGCAGCUCCUUGAACUCUGAACUAAAAUCUGAAGUGUGAUCUGUGCAUCUGUUCCAGAAUCAUGGGCCCUGGUAAUGCUGUUAUCCCCUUGUGUUGUGUGCUUUUCUUUUUUUUUUUUUUUUUUUCCCCUCCCCUAACCCCCUCCCCCUCUUCCUUAGUAUUGGAAGCAAUUGAAAGGUUGUACUUUAUCCACCUUCUACAACUGGUGCUCUUAAGUCCUAUGAUUGACAUGUUCCCCUGUGUUUAGGGUGACUGGCCAAUAUACUGAUGGGGCAAUUCCAUACUUUCAUAGCUUUCUAUUAGACCUUACACUUGCUUUUGCUCCAGUGACUAAAUUUAGUAUGUUUCUUAUUGCCUACACCAGAAAGGCCAUAAGAUAUAAAUAUUUGGGUUGAUUGGGGAUGUUUGUGGCUUGAUUGGUGCAGUGGGGAUUAAAAUUGCACAGUUCAGUUACAUGUCAUUACCUUUUCAGAGAAAUUGUUCAGUUUUAAAAUAAGGCUUUCAAAAAGGGAUGGCAUUGCUUCGUCAGUUACUCUCUGUAAAUAAAACGACCAAAACUGAGUGGAGAGGAAUACUUGCUACCUAUUGCACAUCUGAAUUGCUUUUGCUGCCAGAUUGGUUCUUAAUGUGUUGCUUGACUUUUGUCCCAACCUGAAGCUCCGGCAGUUUCGCUAGUUGACGACAUGCUGAAUAGGUGUCAGGUUUAAGCUUUAAGUGCAGUUUUCUUCCAUUUACUGAAAGGAAGUUAUUAAACUAACUGCAUGUACUCGUUUAACUGGCUGUCUACAUAUGCAGGGUUAUUUUAAUACAGCAGGAAGGUUUUCAAUGAAGUGUUAAAAGUAAUUUUCAGACUUCUGGGUAUAAGUGCAUGUGAUCAUCUGUGUAGGUAUCUUGACUAGUUUUCAUUUGGCUCAUCUUAUUGUACAACUAGAACUUUGGGUUGGAACAUCUUUGUAAAGCAGCACUUUGAACAACUGCAUGCUAUGGAGCUUUGUCAUGCGUGUCUAUGGCAUGAGCAAAGGUGAAUAAGUGUCAUGAAUGCUUGUGUAUGUUUUGUCUAUUGUGUGUGUGUGUGUUUUUUUUUUUUUUUUUUUUUUUUUUUUUUUAUAUAUAUAUAAAUCUGCAUUCAUGUUGCUCAUUCUAUGUUUUUGUUCUGCAUUAGAUUCAAUGUCGCUGAGAAUCAUUCUGUAUUUUCUUCCCCACCUGACCUGUAAACAGCUGCUUAUGCUUAACUAAUUCACAUGUCUGAUCAGUUUGGAGUUGAUUGGUCAUC